AAUAAUUUAACCGGAGAGAUCCCACCUGAGCUUGCAAACCUCACUCACUUGCGUGAACUAGACAUUUCCCAGAAUCAAAUGACUGGAAAAAUUCCUGCUGAGCUUGGUAAUCUUAAGAAUUUCACUGUCAUCCAGUUGUUUUGUAACAACUUCUGGGGUGAACUCCCCAAAGGAUUUGGAGACUUGCAGUUUCUCAUUGCAUUAUCUAUCUAUGAGAAUAUUUUUUCUGGUGAAUUCCCAGCAAAUGUCGGCCGGUUUUCACCACUCAACAGUCUGGACAUAUCACAGAACAACUUCUCCGGUGAAUUCCCAAGGUUCUUGUGCCAAAACAACAAUCUGCAGUUCUUGCUCGCACUCGAUAAUAACUUCUCAGGUGAAUUUCCUGAUUCUUAUGCUAAGUGCAAGUCUCUACAGAGGUUCCGAAUUAGCCAGAAUCGCUUCACAGGGAGACUUCCAGAUGGGUUGUGGGGACUGCCAUAUGCCACCAUCAUUGAUAUAGCAGACAAUGCUUUCAUUGGAGGGAUUUCUUUGGAGAUUGGGACCUCAACCAGCUUGAAUCAACUGUAUGUGCAAAAUAACAGGCUCUCUGAUGAGAUUCCUGUUGAGUUAGGAAAGCUAUCCCAGUUGCAGAAAUUAUAUGCUUCCGGUAAUUCUUUCUCAGGUCAGAUACCAUCUGAAAUUGGAAAUCUGGACCAGUUGACAUCUUUGCAUUUGGAGGAUAAUGUUCUCACUGGGUCUAUACCAUCUGAAGUUGGUUCAUGUAGUCGACUGGUAGAGAUUGAUCUUGCACAGAAUGCAUUGAGUGGUAACAUUCCAGGAACACUCUCCCAGUUGGCCUCUCUCAAUUCAAUAAAUCUAUCACAGAACCUGAUUACUGGCCCUAUUCCAGAUAGUUUACAAUCAUUGAAGCUAAGCUCCGUGGACUUUUCCAAGAACCGAUUGACAGGAAGGGUUCCACCAGGUCUUCUAAUGAUUGCUGGAGAUGAAGCAUUUUCUGGCAAUCCUGGUCUAUGUAUUGAUGGAAAGUCAGGAAAUGAAUGGGAUUCUGACUUGGGUAUUUGCAAGAUGGAUCGCAGGCACAAGGAUAUCUUAGGAAAUAGAGUGGUUCUUAUAUCAAUCAUUUUAUCAGCUAUGGUCAUUCUUUUAGCUGGAUUAGUGUUUGUGAGCUAUAGGAGCUUCAAGCUUGAGGAAUCUCAUAAACAGAAGGAUCAGGAGGAGGGCAUAGACAAUGACUCAAAAUGGAAAGUGGAAUCUUUCCAGCCACCAGAACUUGAUGCCGAAGAGAUAUGUAAAUUGGAAGAGGAAAAUUUGAUUGGAAGUGGGGGCACUGGUAGAGUUUAUCGAUUAGAGUUGAAGAACAAAGGCACAGUUGCAGUGAAGCAAUUAUGGAAAGGGAAUGGAGCAAAAGUUUUGAUGGCAGAAAUAGACAUAUUGGGAAAGAUCAGGCAUAGAAACAUACUGAAGCUAUAUUCCUGCUUGACCAGAGGGGAGCUUAAUUUUCUUGUAUAUGAGUACAUGCCUAAUGGGAAUCUUUAUCAAGCUCUUCAUCGGGAAAUCAAAGGUGGGCAACCAGAGCUGGACUGGAACAAGCGGUACAAGAUUGCUGUGGGUGCAGCAAAGGGGAUCAUGUAUCUUCACCAUGAUUGUUCACCAGCCAUCAUACACAGGGAUAUAAAAUCCACAAAUAUAUUGCUGGCUGAUGAAUAUGAAGCAAAAAUUGCUGAUUUUGGCAUAGCAAAGAUAGCCGAGGAAUCAGAUUUAAGUUGUUUUGCUGGUACACAUGGUUACAUUGCUCCUGAACUUGCAUAUUCACUCAAGAUAACAGAAAAGAGCGAUGUCUAUAGUUUUGGUGUUGUCUUGCUUGAGUUGCUUACCAGCCAUAGUCCUAUAGAACCUCAGUUUGGUGAAGGGAAAGAUAUUGUCUAUUGGGUUUCAAUGCAUCUAGACGGCCAAAAUGUUGCAGAAGUUCUUGAUCCUAGGGUGUCAAGUUCUGUGGAAGAUGACAUGAUGAAAGUUUUGAAGGUUGCUAUUUUGUGUACUACCAAGUUGCCAACUUUACGCCCUACGAUGAGGGAGGUGGUAAACAUGCUUAUCGAUGCUGAUCCUUGCACAUCAAUUAUAAGGGAAAAGAACUGCAGUAAGAACUGCUAGCUUUAUCAGGCUGGCUGUUUUGUACAACGCUUAUAGAUGUUUUAGAAAAUCUAAGUUAAUGUUUAGUCUGUGCAGGCCUUGGAUGCUUAUAACUCGAUUGAAUCUCAGCAUCAAUCUGUGUAUUGUAAAUUACAAAAUCCAAGUAGUGUUGUUUUCAAGUAAGUGGACUUAUCAGGUUUUAUAAGUGGAUUACGUCGUGUAUUAUUACCAUGUGAUGAUUGACUUUUCUGUCUAAUGAAAAGCAAUACUUAUUCUCAUAUAACUAAAGAUGUGAUCAUUUUUACACCUUUUACA